AUGCGUUUACAAACUCAUUUUCGUUUUUGUGCUGAAAUUGUUCAAAGUGAACAAACACAAAUAAUGAAUCGAAUGAAAGAAGUUGAUACACGUUCAAAUUCUGUACAACAACGUCUUAUUGAUAAACAAAAACGUUUUCAUACCUAUUGUGAACAAUCAAAAAAAUUACGUGAUGUUGCAACGUCUUUAAAACGUCUUGAUCAAUCAUUAACUGAAUUAGCCGAUCGAAUGCGUGCAAUUAAUCUAUGUUUACUACCAGAUGAUCAAUUACCAACAUUGUCUUUUCGUAAUAAAUCAACAAUAUCUUCUUCUUGUCAAUAG